UUCAUACGCCCAAGCAAAGAAAUAUUUGGUAAAAGCUGGCUCUCUGAUUACUACGUGGUAACUGCAGGGGUCUGACGCGGUGUGCCUGCUUUUACCACUCCCCGCGCGCGCGCUCAUAAACGUUGGGCUGAUACAGGUGAAGAGGUGAAUUCUUGCGGAUCCUCACAGUCUAUAGGACCUUCUGAUUGACAGUUUACCUCACACACGUGGUAUCCUACGUCACCGAGUUGCUCUGCGAGAUCCGUGGUGCUAUCAACACCCGCUAAUAUCUGUGCGGGAAAAUAUCUUCCCAAUACAUCGAGGAGAGACCACAAAGAAAGAAAAUCCUCACCGAAAGAGAUAAGCACCGGGACCAGCGAGAUGCGCGUUUGGUCCCUCCUCUGUUUUUUUCUGACGGUGACGACUUCUACGGCCAAUAAUAUCGCGUUAUUUUGGAAUCUGUACGAUGCAGUCAUCUCCGGAGGCCGGAUUCUUCAUGAUGUUGCCGACGGCGUCGGAGCCGUCUCCAAGGCCAUCAGGGCCAUCGACAGCUUCCUAGACUCCACGGCCGAAGCGCAGGUGGCGGAGGCAUUAGCGAAGGGCGAACCCGAAGCAAGAUGCCCCUGCUGAUCCCCCUGAGACCACCCCUGAAGCUGAGGCUACACCCGCAGCCGACAGCGCCCCCGUGCCGAGCUUCAACGGCUGCGGCGCUCUCGGCUUCCACAUUCGGGACGAAUCUUUGCCCGUGGCCCGGUUGACGGAGUGCUGCGGGACCCACGACUCCUGUUACAGCGCCUCCUGCAGAGCCAACAAGCGCGACUGCGACGGAAAGCUACGCUCAUGCCUGUUCUCCGUGUGCGACGACCGCAGCAUGGAGCGCGGGCAGCAGAAGGCGUGCAGAGGCGCCGCGAAACUGCUCUUCUCCGGCACGAUGGCGCUGUCCUUCCAGCAGUACAAUAACGCACAAGAGAAACUCACUUGCAAGAAUGUCUCACGAGAUACGAGAAAGCCUCAGAAGGGGAGCAGGAGGCGGUGAGGGACGCUCUUCAGAGGGCACACGAGCGUCUGACUGAUUCCAAGGAGCCCUUUCUGAA